AUAAACCAUAAACCCUAAAUUGUAUUGUCCAAACUUUGCUGAGGUGACAUGAGAGCUCUUGUUUAAAUUUGUGAUAUUGGACCUUCUGUUAACUAUAUUAUAUUAUCAUUAAGGAAAAUAAGAAAACCGGGUUCCAACAUGGCAACCUCACACGCGAAAUCAGAUCUCCUCAAGCUUGGGAAGACGUUACUGGAAAACGGCCCCGUUAAGACCCUUGCCACAUCCCGCCGGAUACGGAUCCUGUUUAACAACGUGUACGUGGCCGACACGACGUCAGCGCUCUAUGUCUGGGAGCAUGAAUACUACCCGUACUAUUACCUACCAGUAGAGUCGUUUACACACGGCCUGCAUACCUGUUUGCCCAGCAACGAUGAUCCUCAGUACUGGACAGCAGCACUUCGUGUUGGGGCCCGGACAACGGACCGGAUCCUCGUCUUCGGGGACGCGCUAAGUCCAUCCUGUAAGCCGCUGGAAAGAACGGUGCGGGUCGAGUUCGCGGCCGCGGAUGUCUGGUUCGAGGAGGACGUCCCGAUCUACGUGCAUCCGAAAGACCCGUUCCGACGGGUCGACGUGCUGCAUUCUUCACGGGCCUUGGAGAUCCGCGUCGACGGACACGUGGUCGCGCAGACGAGCUCUUCGUAUCAUCUGCACGAGACGGGGCUGCCGUGCCGGUUCUACGUGCCGGCGACGGCGGUGGCGCGGGAUAGGCUGAGGGAGAGCGGGACUACGACUGCUUGUCCGUAUAAGGGCGUGGCGAGCUAUUAUCACGUAACCCUUAAAGGUGACGAAGGGGGGGAACGGGUGUACGGGGACCUGGUCUGGUAUUAUAAGACCCCGACGCUUGAGUGUGCGGGUAUUGCGGGGUGCUUGUGCUUCUACCACGAGAAGGACGGGGUUGAGGUUAGGCUUGAUGGAAACGUGUUACAGCGGCCAAAGACUCGUUGGUCGUGAAAGUGUUUCUGGAUAUUUUGGAUUUAUAGUUAAUAUAGCGUAAUUUUAAUCUAUCAAGAAUAUCAAAAUAUAG